AUGGCCUUUGAACUUCCCAAGUUGGACUCUGAAUUGGAGAAUGAAUUGCAAAUCAUCAUUCAAAACAAGACAUUUGAUGCAUCAAAGUCACAAUUACAAUGGAGCGAUGGGAUAUUACCCAAACUUAUAACGCGAUUAAAUGAAUUGGCGGCACUAUCGAAAGACGGAGAACGAUUUGGUAAUCCCAAAGGAAUUGACUUCAUAACGGAAAUAGAAGCAACCAAUGAGACGAUAACAAACCAUUUAGCAAAUCAAAUGUGCUUGUCACCACCAUUCACUAUUUAUCGACUUGCAGAGUUGAUUGCAGAUCCCAAUAAUCAAGGCUACAGCAUAACCAAUAACGAACAGCUAUUUAAAUAUUUCAACUCAUUGAAACAAGUGUGCAUUGUUUCUUCAAGUGUAUCAGAGUUUCCACCAGUCAAAAAUGCUGAUGAGAUAAAUGGUAAUGACAAAAAAGAGAGUUUUGGUUUGGUGGCGGAGAACAUGUCACUAGUGGAGAUUCCUUGGUUAAAGACAUCCAAAAAUACACCACAUAUCGCAAUUAAUGAUUCACCACCUCUUAAGCGGAACAAAGAAGAGGAAAAUUGUACGGUAACCGAACCUAAAAAAGCUAAAAGCUAA